CGUGGCUUGGUUGGUUGCCUUGCUUCUUGAUCAUCACCAUCGACAGCGACAGCAGCCAUGUCGUCUCCAGCGGCCGCAAAGAGGAGAUCAAUCUCCUACACGCCCGAUGACGACGAUGAUGAUGGCAAUAGCGUACACUCUGGGCCUUCAACGUCAGUCAGAGCACCUGCAAAUCAGGGUGGAGACGUCCCGAUGGCACAAGACGCUGAUGAGGACGAAGACGAGCUAGAGGAUGAUGACGAUGAUGAUGAUGACGACGACGAGGAGGGACGCGACGAUGACGAGGAUGGUGACGAGCUCGAACCAGGCGACGAAACUGGCCGCGCCGACGACACUGCCAUGGCAGACGUCACCAUGGCAGACGCAGAGGUGGACGGUCAAGACGUCAAGCCAUCGUCCGCUGCCCUGUCGGCAGGCAGCGCAAAGAAGCUAAAGAGUUAUCACAUCUCUCGCGCUUCAGAGCCGCCUAUUCCACCCGAUGUCAAUCCUGGAUCAGCAAAUCUGUACUCUAGCCACACAGGAGAGAAGCUCCUUCGCAACACGCCUAUCAAGAAAAUUGAUGGCACCACAUUCCACCGCUCAGACUUGCAGCAUGCUCUCCUCAUGGAGAUCUUUGGCGACACGACGCGUUGCUUCCGCAAUCCACGCCCAGCCCCUGAUAACCUCUUGACCACAGCCCCUCGUCCGGGAGAGGCAGCCGCUACCGGCGUACCAGAGUACUCGCCCGUCUAUCCGUACGGUCAGUCCAAGGGAAGCUCGCGCAAGAGCCACGAGACCAAGGAAGAGUACGAGGCGUGGGAGAAGCGAUGGGAGGAGUAUCACAAGAAUCCCUACCCCUCAAGGGAGCAAGACCCAAAUCGGCUUGUACCACGCCCUGGAGCCAAACUGCUCACAUUCAAAGAGCUCUAUAUGGAGGCCUUGAUGAAUUCGCCGCGCUGCACAAAGGCUGUACGAGAUAAAGUCUGGAGUGACGAGCAGUUCGCCGAGGACUUCGCCUGCGUCAAUCUUCUCAUCAACGUCGGACGCAUGAACACCACGCUGGCCUUCUAUGCUCAGAUGCAGACCGUCUUGCGCUCCUACCACCCUCUACCUGCUCUGCAGGGUAACGAAAAUUCGCGCAAGCACAUGCAGGACGCGCCAAGAAUGAAGUCGCUCCUCAAGUCGGUGCUCCUCCCCUUCGAAAAAGCCAGCACGGGCCCAGGCUCAGCUCCCAUCUCCAAGGCAGCUCAAGCGGCCGUCGCAGAGCAUGCACCUGCUCCACACGAGAUGCUAGAGAUUCCCAGCACGCUGGAAGAGAUCCUCAAACGCCACAGCGAAGGUCGCGUGCCUGCAACCAGCGCUGUCAAUCUCAUCUUCGCAUUUGCCUCGCAAGCAAAUGAUCUGAGCGCCAUGCAUUUCACUGCCCCACACGACGUUCACUCCAUCUUCUUCCCGCAUAAGGACUAUCCUAUUCCUGCCAAGGAUCGAGCAAGAGCAUUCCUCUGGUUGGUCUGGCAUUACCUCGAAGGUGGGGCUCUCCUGCCGCCAGGAAAUGAGGCGACGCGUUCUAACCCCUUCGCGGACGAGAGAGCUCAAGUGUCGUCGCAGAGGGCGAAGGCAAAGUGGGACUCGCUGGAUGACAAGGGAAGACGGAAGGCUACAGUUGGAGGAAAGGGAGUCUUGUGGCUCGGCGUUAGGAACAAGAAGGAACCCCGGGCCGCUGCCGCCAACGAAGCGGCAGCAUCAACUGCAGGGCCCAGCGGUAGUGGUAGUGCGCCCACCACGGCAAACAGCGAAGCCACUUCAGCGGCGCACAGCCUCAUCUCCAACUCGCUCGUCGAUGACGCCGACUCGGGCGGCUGGGUAGUCGAAGACAAUGAAAAGUACACGCAUCGCCAACUCGCCCCUGACUGGCGGGUCAUCUCGCAAGAGGCUAUCCGCGAGGAGAACAUAGACCUGCCCGACGAGUUGGCUUGGGGAAGUGAGCAGGCUUCAGAGAGGAGAGACUUCAUGGACCGGAUGGCUGAAGAGGAAGCGGCGGCUAAGGCGGGCAAGGGGGCGGGAAUGAUGACGGGUCAGGGUGCGGGUGAAGGCGAUGAUGCAGCAGAGAGUGGGAAAGGAAAAGGCAAAGGCAAAGGGAAGGGGACGGCUACGAAAGGGAAGGGAAAGAAGUCACGUGGCUAUGCUAGCCUUAUACCAGGCUCUGCGGCGGCUAUUGCGGCUGCGAACGCAUCCGCAGGUGAGGCGGGUAAAGGCAAGAAGGGGAAGAAGCCUAGGGCAAGCAGAGCCAAAGGAGCUAUUGUGUCACAGGCAGAGGAGAAUGCUGCGCGUGCUAGCUCCUCAAAGCUUACCGGCGCACCAGUGGCAGGCGGCAGCAAGAUUGUCCUUGGUGGUCUAAAGGGACGCAGGAAGAGUGGUCAAGAUGAGGCGGACGAGAUGCUGGCCGACUUACUCGAAGGCGGUGGCAGCAAGGACUCAAAAGGCGACGAAUCAGCAGCCGAUGCCAGUAGACGCCGCGCGCUCAGCUCCCUGCCAGGAUACGAUGAUGACAGCAGCGAUGAGGAGGAUAGUCACGACGGCAAGGGGGCAACGGCGGGUGCAACUAUCGGGGCAGAGCGCAGCCACACAGAUGCUGCAGCGGCCGUAGCGCGUGCUGCGAGCAGCAUCGGCGGGGCUGGCUCCGCAGCCGGUGGAGCGGGGGCAGCUGGUCUCCUCACCCUCGCAGGCUCGCAAAGUCUCCUACCCCCUCGAAGACCACUCAACGGCUCCGACCUCUUGCCUGGGCUGCGACGCGCUCAAUCGCAGCAAGCAAACCUUCGACCCACGCACGACUCGUCCGACCCUUCCACAGGCCCCAUCUCACAUACUCUGCCUGGUCUGGCGUGGAAUCGUAUCCUCCAACGCGCUGUGAGGGGGCAAGGGGAUGCUUGCUACUCGAGCGACGACGAAGGCGAGGCAAUGGAUGAGGCUGAGCGAUGUGCUGACCUCUUCAGGGGUGAGCUGAGCAGGGUGCUGAACUGCGUUUGGGGGGCAAAGGGGAAGGGCGCUGGGAAGCGAAAGAGGGUCAGCGAUGAUGGAGGGGUGAAUGGGCUGAAAGUUGAGUGAUUGGAUGGACUGGGCGGGCAAGUGUAGCUGAUGGCAUUUCAUUGCAUUGAAUAAUGACGAGCGAUCACUCAAGACAUAUAUGGUCCGACACGACGUCGAUUGAUGUCGAUGGUGCUCAGCCCCCUUCCUCCCGAUCUUGAUCCCCAUCGAAAUUUAAGUGAUAUCC